AUGAUAAUAACUAACCUGCAUUUGCUUCAUGUGCCGGUAUUGAUAUUGUAGGAGGGAAGCUUAAUUUAGCACCUAAUGAUAAAUUAGCAAAAAUUAUAGAAAACUUGGCUCCUCAUUAUAGAAUUUAAGUAAAUGCAUAAUUUUGGAAAAUGGAAAAAUGAAUAAUUUUCAUUAGAAGUAGAUGAUUAAAUUAACAACACCGAUUUGGGAACUUAAGGCAUUUAUUCUAUUUGUGGAUCAACAGAAUUAGUUAAUAUAUUUAAUAUAGGAGUUAAUUUAUCUCAUUUUAGAUCAUAAUGUUAAAUAACUAUGAGAACCAGUCUUAAUACUGGAACCAUAAAUGCAUUUUGGGGAAUAAGAGCCUUUGAUAUAUAUCUUGCAAAAUGUUUUACUGGUUGUGAUCAAUGUAUUGGGCCUUUAAAAUCAGAUUGUAAGGUUUGUUCAAGUGGAUGGGUUUUUUACAAAAAUUUAUGCACUCAUCGUAUUCAUUAAUCUUAAUCAUAGCUCCUCCUAUGCUUUUUUCUUAAAUCUCAAUUACUUAAACGAAAGAUUCUUAGUCAGAUUAAAAGAAUUCUAUGAAAAUCCACCUUUUAGAAGUUGAUUAUUCAAUAAUUACUUAAGGUGAUUUUACACUUUUAAUCCAAAAUAAUUAAAAAAUAUUGACAAUUCAAGUUUAUGUAAAAUGCUUUCCAAACAAAACAAUUAAUAGUUAAUUAUAAUUCAAUUAAAUAUAAAAUUCACAUUAAUAUUAAUUUUUAAAAAAAUGUAGGUAGACUUUUAAUAGUGUAAUUUAUAAAGUCUAGUAUGACUUAAGGGCAAUUUCGGAAUAAAAGUUGAUAUUUANAAAAUUAAAAUCUAUUUAUUUUAGUUUUAUUAUGUUUAGCUAGUUCAUAAGAAGCAUGGGAAAUUAUUUAUAGCACCUUUCAAGAUAAGGACUCCAUGGAUUCAGAAGGUUAGUUUUAUAUUAAGCUGUUAAGGGUGGAUAGUAAAAUAUAAUUAGACUGAAAAUUUGGUUUCCAAUUAUGCUGGCUAUACUUUAUUUGGAGGGUAUAAUCAAUUUGCAAAUAAGACAAUAGCAUAUAAGCACUUUUCUUUACCUCCUCAUUAUAAACUUAAAAUUACUUUAUAAUUUUGGAAGUAAUUAUGAUAAUAAUGGUAGAAUUGAUAGCUGGAAUAAUGAGUAUCUUUAUGUAAUUGUAGACAAUUAUUUAUGGUCAAAGAGUUAUCAUUAUUCCGAAGGCACCCAGAUAUGCGGAAAAAGAAGUGAUUUGCCAGAUACAACUACACAAAUUACAAUGAUUACAAAUCAUUACUCAAAAUAAUUACUAUUUUUAAUGACUUCCAAUCUGGAUGAUAACGAUGAAGUAUGAUGUUAUUAAAAGUAAAGGAAAGUUGGGGAUUCAGAGAUUUUACUCUAUCAAUAUUAAGAUGUCCUUAAGGUUGUCUAUAUUGUUAAGAUAAUGAUUAUAAUAAUUGUUAUUAUUGGAUUGAUUUUUAUCCUUGUGGUAUCAAUCAAUAGAACUUGAAGGAUGGAUGA